GGAGCACUGAGCUCCUCAGGACACAUACAGUCUACUGUUAAUAACUGAAAUUCAAAGAGAAGCUUCAGACUAAUAGGUUUGGGCGUACCCAGAUAUCAGAGCUGGAGGGUGAAUGAAGAUGGGGUGUUCCUUUCUUCAAAUAACUGGAAUUCCAAAUGAACAGGAUAAGAUGUGGACAAGAAUCUCUUUCCUAAUUUUUACUUUCUCUGUACUAAUCCGCGAUUCUGUCCUUGUAACAGGAAGAGAAGAGGUUUUACACAUCUCCCCAACAGUUCCUGUUGUGAGUGUGGGUGCGGCGGUGGAAUUGGUCUGUCACACUCAGUGCCCAAACAGCCAGCCCAACUGGGAGAAGACCAUCGACUCUGCUCCUGGGAAAAUUACCUCUUACCCAUUGAAGACAGUUCUCCGAAUCGACAAAGUGCUGGAGUCGUAUGAGAAUGACUACAAAUGUACCACAAAGUGCAGAGGAAAGUUCUACUCCAAAGAUGUUUACUUAGCAGUUUAUUCAUUCCCACAUAAUCCCAGCGUAGAACUGACAUCACCUAAUCCAGUGGCUGGGCAAACAGUGACCCUCAGAUGUUCUGGACAAAAUCUUUACCCCUGCCACAAGGUCAAGGUUUAUUGGUAUCGGAGCCAUGAGCUGCUCCCUGACCCUGAGGAGCCAGCAGUGACAAUGAAUGACCACCUGUGUAACACGGUCUCUCAUCGAAACUACACAACAACCAGCAAGGACCGAGACCUCACCUUCACCUGUGAGAUUCACCUGGGUCUAGCCACAGCUGGAUUCCAAAGCAAGAACAGCUCAGUGGAGAUCCACCUGAACACUGGACUUUACGAUGUCUGGAUUGAGCCAGUCCAGACGGUGGAACAUGCUGGGAGACCUCUGUCUCUGUCCUGUGGUGCGGGAAGUAGCAAUGUCCUUACAAUCACCUGGAGGAAAGCGGACUCAGGGAGCAUGGCCCCUUCCCACUGGAACAUCAGCCAGGGAACCAGAUAUUCAACACUCUACACGGAAAAGCUGGAGGCUGGAGACAGAGGAGUUUAUAUCUGUGAAAUCAGUGAUGGUGAAAGCCACACCCAGCGUCAGAGCUCAGUAGAAGUUUGGUAUGGACCUCGGGAUGUCUCCAUCGAGGGAGGGGGCAGUGCCAGGGAGAGCGAGACGCUGGUGUUAACCUGCCAGGGAGAUGCCAACCCCGAAGCCAACAUCACGUGGGGGAGGAGAGAGGCCGGGGGUGAGCAGCUGCGGUGGAACAUCUCCGAGUCCCGGGGAAAGUCGGAGCUGAGAAUCGAUUCCCUGAGGCGUGAUGACCACGGGCUUUACGAGUGUGUGGUGGAGAAUCCACUGGGGACAGUGAGGCUGGAGGCUCGCCUCAAUGUGGAAUACGGACCUCGGGAUGUCUCCAUCGAGGGAGGGGGCAGUGCCAGGGAGAGCGAGACGCUGGUGUUAACCUGCCAGGGAGAUGCCAACCCCGAAGCCAACAUCACGUGGGGGAGGAGAGAGGCCGGGGGUGAGCAGCUGCGGUGGAACAUCUCCGAGUCCCGGGGAAAGUCGGAGCUGAGAAUCGAUUCCCUGAGGCCUAAUGACCACGGGCUUUACGAGUGUGUGGUGGAGAAUCCACUGGGGACAGUGAGGCUGGAGGCUCGCCUCAAUGUGGAAUUUCCAGUGAAGCCUGACCUGGAAGAUGUCAUUCUCGGUCUUUGUGUCCCUCUGGUGAGCUUGCUGGGGAUUGGAGUUCUGAUUUAUUUAAUUCGCAAACGGCUCUUCAAAGACCUCACACAAGGGAAACCUUCAAUGUCAGAGGACAGGUCUUCAAAAGUCCCACCCAGUGCCCCCACACAGUCAACUCCUUGCUGAAGUGUUUGCACUGUGGCCCCUGGUGUUCAGGGUGGUGGCCAUGGGUUAGACAACUUUGGUGAAAAUAAUUCACUUCAAUCACAAUAUGCUGAAAAAUUAUCAUUGAGCCAUUGAAAUACCACGCUGAAACAUUCGAAAGGACAAGUAUGUUGUAAAGGUUCUAACUUCUGCAGCGGCGCUAUUUCAGAGAUGUACGCUGGCUCCCAGUCCAUCGUGAUGUUAAUGUUAAAAACCUGCAUCUUUGUUUUUCAAUUGUUGCAUGGCCUAUCCCUUUUCUGAAACUAUU